CGCUUAACCGCCGUUCGUCGGGUGAUGUUUACUUGUCUGACCCAUUCGCGUGUCCGUUGAUCACCACCGACGUCUCUCUGCAAGCCGCUAUCACUGCCGCCGUCUCCGCCGCCUGUCAAAGUUUAUUUUAACGUCAAAUAAAAAGCAUAAUAUCCAAAAUGUCUGACGAUGGAGCAGUUGUCUCUGAAAAGAGGAGCCGUGGAAGACCCGCCAAACCUGUUGAGGCCAAUGACAAAGAUGUUAAAGACGUAAAGAAGCGUGGCCGUCCAGCAGGAAAAUCUCCUGUAAAAGCAGAAAAGAAGUCUGAUGUCGACGGAGAACCAGUAGCGAAAAGAGGAAGAGGAAGGCCAAAGAAGGGCACGAGCAAAGCUAAGGCUAAACCUCAAUCUACUGGCAGAGGUCGAGGCAGGCCACCCUCCAAGAAAACCGAGAAGGAUGAAUCUGCUGACGAAAACGGCGAAUCUGAAGAAGCUGAAGAUUAAGUGUGAAUUAUUCCUUUUUACGUAUUUCUAAUAAUUUUAUUAUUUCAUUAUGAAACAAUAAUUUAAUUUAAUUUAUUUAAAUUCAAUAAUUCAAUAUUGAUAUUAUAUAUUAUUAUUAUGUAGACAUAGGUUAGAUUUUACUUUAAUUUCUAUCCGCAAUGUAUAAUACUAAAAACUGAGAACUUACGAAAAAAUUGUAACAUUUUAAAACGUAAUGAAUGUUUUAUAAUCAUAUCAUUGAAAUUUUAUCAUUUGUGUAAAGACAAUUAUCGAGUAUUGUAUAUACUAAAUACUAUAAUAUAAUUUGUCAUUUUAAUUCAUUAAUAAUAAUAAUAAUCAUAUUGUAAAAAUGUUUUAUUGUCCAACAACUUGUCUGGGAAAGUCUUUUUUAUUUUAAUCUACUUGUUCGUACUGCUUAUGUAUUCUGACCAAUCUCUCAUAUUGAAUAAACAAUUUGGGUAUACAAGUGAAA